CUGAGUGUGGGUGAGGGUUCUCCCAUCCAUGGUCUCAAAUGGCUCUAUUUUCUCUCGAUUUGACCAUCCACUUCAACUUCUGAAAAGGAAACAAGGGAUUCUUCCAUCACGGAAGGGAAAAACAUUAAAAUUAUGCCAUGUGCUCAUCAAAUAUGGCUGCAGGGGUGACCUGGCAUACUCUAGGAGGAGUGCAAGGGAGAGGGAGUUACUUGAUGCAGAACAUUGCAUCAUGGCUGAAGAACAGACUGCAGAGCUGAGGAGGGACUUAUAUUUGCUGAGGUUUAAAGACUUUAACUUCAUACGUUCAAUGGUUAAUCCAGAGUUUCUAGAAAUCAUGGAGGACUUCGAAAUCAGAGACAAUGAUAUCUUUAUAGCCACCUAUCCAAAAUCAGGAACUGUUUGGACUCAGCAGGUAGUGAAUUUAAUUUUAUACGAUGAACAUCGGAACGGAAUGCAAAAUCUGGAGAACAUAGAGAGAGCUCCAUGGAUUGAGUACAACAUGCGCAAGGCUAAUUAUACCCUCCUGCCAAGCCCUCGAGUCUUUAGCACCCAUCUGCCUUACAAUUUGUUGCCCAAGGGUGUGCAGAGCCAAAAAGUCAAAGUUAUAUACGUGUACCGAAACCCUAAGGAUGUUAUGACCUCAUUUUAUCAUUUCUCAAAACUCUUGACAAAACUACAGACAUCAGACACAAUGGAGGAUUUCAUGGAGAGAUUUUUAGCAGGAGAUGUGUUUGCCAAUUUGUGGUUUGACCAUAUCAAGGGCUGGUACAGUCACAAGAAUAACUUCAAUAUUCUCUUCUUGUCCUAUGAGGAGAUGAAGAAGGACCUCAGAAAUGCUGUUCUAAAGAUCAGCAAAUUCCUGGGAAAGAAGCUGACUGAUGAAGAUGUGGAGUCUGUGGUGAAACAAGCAACUUUCGAGAACAUGAAAAACGAUCCCAGGGCGAAUUAUGACGCUAUAACUAGAGAACUUGGAAGGACGCACGAACAAGAUUUUCUUCGUAAAGGCAUCAUUGGGGACUGGAAAAAUUGCUUGACUGUGUCUCAAAGUGAGAGAUUCGACAAGGUUUUUCAGGAGCAGAUGAAAGAUUUACCUUUGAAGUUCAUCUGGGAUAUGAAUGAAGAUCUUUAGAUGCCAUGCUGCAGAAAAUCAAUCAUUUACAAUUGAAUUAAAUAGAUGUGUUCCAGCACAGCGCUAUAGAUCUCGGAA